UGGGACAAACCUUUCCAAUAGACCAGCUCCUCGUUCCUCCUCUCUACUCCCUGCAGUCUUUCGCCUCUACCUUUACUUACCGCCCUCCUUAGAAAUUGUCACCAUGUCUGCCGAAAUGGAAGUCGACAUCCCCGUCUCGCAAGACGACGCCCCCGCGCAGUCUGGAGGUUUUGAACCACGAACACACGCCGAAGCCGUCGCUGUGCGCAGUAUCGAGGGAUGGAUUGUGAUCGCGACCAACAUCCAUGAGGAGGCAUCCGAGGAAGACGUGACGGAUCUGUUUGCUGAAUAUGGCGAAAUUAAGAACUUUAACUUGAACCUCGAUCGCCGGACGGGUUAUGUCAAGGGAUACGCAUUGAUCGAAUACUCGACUCUUCCCGAAGCGUCGGAAGCCAUCAAAAACCUCAACGGAUCCAAGUUACUCGACCAGACAAUCCAGGUUGACUACGCAUUUGUCCGGCCACCUCCCGCCAACAAAGGCAAAUCCGGUGGACAGCGAGGGGGACGUGGAGGCGGCGGUGGUGGUCGAGGCCGCAGCAGGAGCCGCGAGAGGAGCCGCAGCCCCGGAGCUGACAAUGAGAGGGAAUAAACGCAUUGGUUCCGAUGCAUCUGCCAAAACUCUCUUCUGACUGCGCAUGGCCUUGUGAUGAACUGCUUUCUUUUUCGUUUCCAACUAUCGCUUCCUUUUUUUACACCCCAGCGGUCUUAUGUCGGUUUUUACCCUUGCGAAAUGGCUCGAGGGCAGUGGUUAUGAAGAAUUUGACGCUGUCAUUCCGAUAUUUCCAUGUCGCCUUUGGCGGGUGACGAGUAGGGAUGAUUGCGCUUACAGCCGGCAUUUCCAUCUCUUGUGAAGGGUUGUAUGCACGGCCAUCAUCUGAUGACGCGCAUGUGCAAGACUACGUUUCAAAGAGUGGCAUGCCGGCGUCAUGAUUUAUUCACAAUUCGGUAUGUUCCUUGCAUAUUUUUUCCAGCAUGGGAAUGUCGUUGGUCAUAUGCUAACUUUUCGGAAAGAUUCCGGACUUUUGAUAUAUCG